CGGUGGGAGGAGCGAAUGUUAACAUCGGCGCUUAUGCCUGGCUGUAUGAAAUGGGACGAGCGCACGUCCUAAAUGACAAUAAUAAUGAAGGAAUUUUAACAGAAUUGUAUGGCAGAUGUAAAUGAUGUUAAUACAUCUAUGCCGCUUAAAUGAGUCUUGUAUAUUGCGACUUGGACAAAGAUCAUCCAAGGAGUUUCAGUCGUUGCGGCGGAAUGUACCCAGGUUUGCAGUGGCGGUGCUGCGUUGGUGGCAGUGCUGCGUUGGUGGCUUAGCUGCGAUGAGCAUAGGGAGGGACAGCUGAUUCGGCGGCCUUCAGCUGCCACUGUGUGGAGGUGAGCCAUGGCUUUGCGGGAGUCCCCUUUCCCCAACGGCUUGGCGCAGGGGCUUCAUGCUGUGGCCUGGGGGCUCAUCCUGCCCUGCUUUUGGGCCCUGGACCGUCUCAUUGCAGCCUGCCGUUCCACCACCCUGGAGCGGGCUCAGCGGGCGGAGAUGGAGUGCUACCUCCACCCAUUGAAGGUGGUCUUCAGCGUCAUCCUCUUCCUGGUCCUGUUCCUGAUCUUUGCUCCUUUCGCCCUUCUUGGGUUUUUGGUCUGGGUGCCCCUCCAGAGAAUCCGUAGGCCAUUCUCCUACUACCGGCGGAAAACGGAGGUUGAGGAUGGGGAGGGGCGCUCGGGGUGGCUACAGAGGGACGACAGGGGCACCUUCAUGUUCGUCACGGCCAACCUGUGCCUCCUGCCUGACAGCCUGGCACGAUUCAACAACCUGGCAAACACAGAGCUCCGGGCGGCUAUAAUCGGGCGGCGCAUCCUACAGGCCGUCAGCCGGCCCCGCAUCCGCAUCGUGGUGGACUCACCGAUCAUCUCCCACGGCCUCGGCCCUUCAGACACCCUGCUUAGCCAGCCAACCCCCUCCUGUUAUGGGGCUGUCGACGUCCAGAUGCAGUCUCCGCUGGCGGGGGGCACGGGCGAGGACGUGGCCUUGGACGGCAUCUCGGGAAGCAACUCUGGGGAGGCAGCGGUCACCAUGCUUGGAGAGAAUGUGGACGGUUUCCAUUCGCUCACGGACAUGGAUAACGGCAACCAGGCAGAGGGCCAUGCAAAGCCAGCUCUGCAGGCAGGCGGCCUGCCCAGCGACGUGCCCUGGGAGGUGUCCGCUUGGUUUCCCGCCCACGUUGACUUCCUGUGUCUUGAGGAGGUGUUCGACAAGCAGGCGGCCGCGAAGCUGUCCGAGACGCUGAGUCCCGUCUUCGGGCACAUCCUCUCCGACGUGGGCGUCUAUGCUUGCUGGCCGCCAGGCUGCUGUACCGCAUUCAAGUUCUUCAACAGUGGCCUGUUCCUGGCCAGUCGGUACCCGUUCCUGGAGGCCCAGUACUUCUGCUUCCCCAACGGCCGGGGGGAGGACGCAUUGGCAGCCAAAGGGCUGCUCAUCGCCAAGGUGCUGAUUGGUCAGAAUCAAAGACAGAAGAACGUAGUUGGAUAUGUUAACUGCACGCAUCUCCAUGCCCCAGAAGGUGAUGGGACCAUUAGGUACGAACAAAUGGACAUGCUGACCGCGUGGAUCAGGGAGUUCCAGGCGAAGACCCGGCAGGCUGGCGAGGAGGUGGCCUUCGACAUCCUCUGUGGGGACUUUAACUUUGACAACUGCUCUCCCAAUGAUGCCCUGGAGCAGAAGCACAGUGUGUUCGAUGAUUACAGAGACCCGUGCAGAGCGGGACCCGGCAAAGAGAAGCCUUGGGCUAUUGGCACUCUGCUAGAACAGCCGACCCUAUACGACGAUGAAGUGAGGACCCCGGAAAACCUUCAGAAGACCUUGGAGUGGGAAGAACUGCGCAGGCAGUAUGUCGCCGCCCCUGUGCCUCUGGAUGGUUGUACCCUUGUCUACCCUGAGAGCGGGUGCCCCUGGGUGGGCAGGCGCAUUGACUACAUCCUGUAUCGGGAGAGCACUCUCAGCAGGCACUGCCACACCGAGGUGGAGGAGUAUUCCUUUGUCACCCACCUAGCCGGCUUGACUGACCACAUCCCCGUGGGCCUGCGGUUAAAUGUGACGUUAAAUCAGGCUGAUAACUGCUGUCAGGAGUAGCGUUUCUGAGAGGGUAUGACCCCGUGACCCAGGGCUAGCAUCAGGACAUUAAAAUCCUUUCAUGAAUACAAAGGGGACAGUGGACAGAGGAACCCGUAGAUACUGCAUGUUAUGUACUUUGAUGAAGUAUAUGAAAAUCACUUUUUACAAAUCAAUAUUAUUUGGCACUAUAGUGUAAUCUUUGUGAAAUAAACAUUCUUUUUUAAAUUCUCAUUUUAUUGAAUUGAUACUAAAGAAGGUUUGCUAGAAUGGACAGCACUGAACAGCGUUAGAUUUUAAGAUUUACAGUACUUCUAGGGCUGAGAAACUUAACACGUUUAAGUUAAUAUUAAUGCAUUUAUUUUAAAGCCAUUGUCUGUGAUUUCUUCAGUUGCGUUAACGCAUGCGGUGUUUUGACAGCCAAACGGUUACAUAGUAUGAGAAAAGAUUUUUAAUGGAGACAUUUAAUAUUCCUGCCUGGUUGUAAACAUUGCAAGAGCCUCAGCUCUGAUGUUGCACAAAAUCCUAGAAUUCACAGCUAAAAUGGAAACAUUCAGCAGGAGAAUGGAGGAGAAUGUCGAGGAAUCUCUGUUACUCCGUUAAUUUCAUUUCAAGCGAAUGCCAGGCGGAAGCAUGAAUAAGAUAAAUAUAUUGUAAUUUGCAAUAUUUGUUUUAUUUUAUUGAAAGCUACUAUUCUAAAAAGGGCAUCUCUCCAGAAAUUAAGUGCACUUUCAAUGGUAGUCAGGCUUCUAUUUUUGCCAAACAGUUUUUAAAUUUACAAUUUUAUGAUUGUAUAUGUCGGGGUUCCUCAAACUGCAUCCCACAAAGGUGUGGUUACGUCCACUGGCCCCCGUAACAUUUUCCGAGUGGGUAGGGUGGGGUUGAUCUUGCGGUCGGGAUUAAAUAGUGUUUUCAUCUGCCUACUGAAUACAUAAGAAGGUGUGCAAUAAAAAAAUAAUAAUUUGA